AUGGAAUUUGUAUAUAGUGAAAAAUCGAAGCCUCUUAUUAUCUACGAAGGCUACAAAUUCCGUUUUCAUAAGACACUACAAGAUGAUGUACAGCGGUGGCCUUGCUGUGUCAAAAAUCGUAAGUGCUUUAUUAAAUUAUCAUCUUCAAAUGUAAUAGUUGAGAGUAACACCAAUCACGAACAUAGCGAACCUGACAAAAAAGCUCUAAAUAGGCAAAUAAUGAGUAAUUCUUUGAAAAGAAAAGGUUUGGUAGACAUUUCUUGCAAACCGUCAAAACUUAUUCGCUCGAAAUUGAAACAAGGUGAUAUACCGACUUUGACUAACAAUGAUUUAUCAUUAAUUCGACAUAAUAUUCAUCGCGCCCGUCUAUCUGUGCAUCCCCCUCUGCCAAGCUGCAUUGAAGAAUUACAUACUGCUUUGGGAUCCAUGGAAAUUAAAACCAACAUUGGUGAACAGUUUUUAUUUGUAAAUGAUAAAGAGAAUUCGAUAGUUGGUUUUUCUACGGAACAAAAUAUAAAAGUGUUAUGUGACAUAAAGAAAAUAUACGUCGAUGAGACGUUCAAAAGCUGUCCAAAAAACUUUACACAACUUUUUACCAUACAUGGUCUUAAAAAUGAUGUGUAUUUACCUCUUGUGUUUUUUUUACUGCCCAACAAGUUAAGUACUACAUACACGUGUGCAUUUCAACAUGUAAUUCGUCACUCCAUAUCCAUUGGUGUAUCGUGCUUUCCUACUAACAUUUUUAUAGAUUUUGAACCAGCAAUCCAUAGUGCUGCAGUGGAAGUCUUCCCUAAUGCAAAAAUAAGAGGUUGUCGAUUUCAUUUAGGGCAAAGUUGGUGGAGGAAAAUCCAUAGUUUAGGACUUACUAAAUUACACAAUGAUAACACAGACGAUAGUCAUUAUUUAAAAUAUUUUUUUGGAUUACCAUUUUUGGAGCCUGAAAACGUCAUAGACUUCUUUACUGACGACUUUAUGGCAAUACAGCCUGCUGAAAAUGACCUGAUAGUGAAAUGUACAGACUACAUUUUUUAA